CAACUUGUAUCAUUCUCUCUGUUGGUUCAUCAAUCGUUUCCUUAACCCGAUGAACCAAAUCAUUGUCUCUCUCUCUUGAUCUUUACUCAAACAAAAUAAUAUGGAAAUUUCAAUCUGAGAAAAUUUGAGUUUACAGGUUCAAGAUUCACAAGUUUAUAUCUGUGUCACUUUCCAAUUUCACUUCUCACUGAUCCGUAGCAAAGUGAGGCUGUGGCUAUGGCUUCUAAGAUUAAAAGUGGUCUAUCCGAAACGACUCUGCGCAAAUCAUCUCCAGGCUCUCUAAGAGUGUCUAAAGUGACUCGGAUAAUGACUAGAUCCGAACCUAAUUCUCCUUCACCGACUCAACAUUCACGGCUUUCGCUCGACCGCUCUUCUGUUAACUCGAAGCUUUCUACUGAAAAGAGGUCUCCCAAGGUUCCAACCCCUCCAGAAAAAACUCAAAUGCGGACUGUGAAAGGAUCAGAGUCGCAACCUCGGUUGAGUCAAAUCAAGGAAGAUCUGAAGAAAGCGAAUGAGCUGAUAGAAUCCCUUGAGAAUGAAAAAGCUAAAGCACUUGGUGAACUUGAAGAAGCACGGAAAGAGGCUGAGGAGGCGUCCGGGAAACUGGAUGAGGCUUUGAAAGCUCAGAGAAAAAUUGAGGAGAGUUUUGAGAUUGAGAAAUUUGAGGCUGUUGAGGCAGGGAUAGAGGCGGUUCGGAGAAAAGAAGAACAACUUAAGAAAGAGCUCGAGAUUGUCAAGAACCAACAUGCUUCAGAUUCAGCUGCUCUUCUUUCGGUGACCCGGGAGCUGGAGAAACUGAAUCAAGAAUUGGUCGCAGCUAAUGAUGCCAAGAGUAAGGUUAUGAGUAAAGCAGAUGAUGCUUGCAAGAUGGCUGUAAUUCAUGCAGAGAAAGUGGAAAUCUUGUCAUCGGAGUUGAUACGGUUGAAGGCAUUGCUUGACUCAACCCGAGAGAAGGAAACCAUCUCCAACAAGGAGAUUGCUUCAAAGCUAGGAGCGGAGAUAGUGGUUUUGAAAAGAGAGCUUGAAGAUGCGACAAGAUUUAAAGCAGAGGUCAAGGAACAAGAGAUGAUCAUUGAGAGGCUUAAGCUUGAGUUGGAAGCUGCGAAACUGGCAGAGUCUUAUGCGCACGGCUCUGCUGACGAGUGGCAUAACAAAGCUAAAGAAUUGGAGCAACAGUUGGAUGAAGCUAACAAUCUGAAGAGAUCUGCCUCGGUUUCUCUGUUAUCUGUGACGAAGCAGCUGGAAGGAAGCAAUGGCAGAUUGUACGCUAUGGAGUCUGAAAUUACUGAUCUCAAGGAGAAAAUCGGGUUGUUGGAGACGGAAGUUGCUAGACAGAAGGAGGAUCUCGAAGAAUCUGAACAAAGGCUGAGUAUUGCAGAAGAAGAAUUAUCCAAGGUCGAGAAAGAGGCAGGGAAGCUGAAGAACGAGCUUGAAACUGUAAAGGAGGAGAAGAGUCAGAUAGUAAAGAAGGAACAAGAUGCUACUUCAAGUGUUCAAAUGCUCUUGGAAGAGAAAAACAAGAUCUUGUCAGAGCUGGAGAGCUCGAAAGAAGAAGAGGAGAAGAGUAAGAAAGCUAUGGAGAGUUUAGCUUCGGCAUUGCACGAAGUGUCGAGUGAAGCACGCGAGUUGAAAGAAAAGUUGUCGAGUCGAGGUGAUGAGGAUUAUGAAACACAAGUAGAAGAUCUGAAGUUGGUCAUCAAAGCAACAAACGAGAAGUACGAGAAUAUGCUUGACGAGGCGAGACAUGAGAUCGAUGUUCUUGUCAGUGCGGUGGAGCAAACCAAGAAACAGUUCGAGAGCUCAAUGGUAGAUUGGGAGAUGAGAGAAGCCGGUUUGGUGAAUCACGUGAAGAAAUUUGAUGAAGAAGUUUCUUCAAUGGGGAAAGAAAUGAAUAGGUUGGGUAAUUUGGUUAAAAGGACAAAGGAAGAAGCUGAUGCAGCAUGGAAGAAAGAAUCCCAGAUGAGAGACAGUCUUAAAGAAGUCGAAGAUGAGGUGAUUUAUCUUCAGGAAACUCUGAGGGAAGCAAGAGCUGAAAGCUUGAAACUAAAUGAGAAAAUGUUGGAUAAAGAAAGUGAGUUUCAAAGCGUUGUUCAUGAGAAUGAUUUACUCAGAGUAAAACAGGAUGAUUCUCUGAAGAAGAUCAAGGAGUUGUCGAAGUUACUCGAGGAAGCUUUGGCCAAGAAACUUACAGAAGAGAACGGUGAGCUCAGUGAAAGUGAAAAAGACUAUGAUUUGCUUCCAAAGGUGGUUGAGUUUUCUGAGGAGAAUGGUCACAGAAUCACACAAGACAAGUCCUCUAAAGUGGAAACCCUCGACGGCAUGAACAUGAAACCCGAGGAGGAUAGAGAAAGGAAAGAAGAUUCUCCAGAUGGUAAUGAUGAUGAUGGUGAUACAGUUGAAGUUGAAUUUAAGAUGUGGGAAAGUUGUCAGAUUGAGAAGAAAGAAGCUUUCCACAAGGGAAACACAGAGCAAGAGUUACCAAAAGAAGAAGUGGAAGACUCAGACAUGAUAGUCAAAAGCGAGAAAACCUCACCGGAAAACAUGAAAGAAACAGGAGAUAUAUUAACCGGAGAAGAUCAGCUGGUGAAUGAAAAGGAGAAGAAGAAGAAGAAAACACUAUUUGGUAAAGUUGGGAACCUUCUCAAGAAGAAGGGAGCAGUGAACCAGAAAUAAAUAAAUAAACAUCUCUUGAUUGCGGAAUCUAGCUUAUCACAUACACAUAGGUACACACAUCACUCUCUUCAUCAUCAUUUUGAUUUCUUCUUAAUUGAUCUUUUUUUUUUUGGGUUAUGGCUUCUGCAAUAGGUUUGUAUUAAGUUGUUGGGUUAUGAUUCUUUUCUUCUUUCGAAUUUUGGGCUUACCCUGUUUUUCGUUCACGUCAU